GCUGGUGUUGAAGCUGUAUUGAAUCAGUGAAUAGAGACAGGUCUCACACAUUGGAACUUUGUAUCAAAUUGUAGUGAUUGGACUCUUUGACAUUUGUUUUGAAACAGAGUGCACAUUUGAAAGAAUCAAUUUUUAUAUAUUUUUUAAAUUCUUUUACACGAAGAUUUAAAAAAAAAAGGAAAGCUUAGUGAAAAGUUUAGUUUACAUGAACACAUGUUUCGAUCGAACAUUCUUACCAUAUGUUUUGGUUAACCAGGAAAAAAGUUUCACAGGUGUUUUUUUCUGCCUUUUCGUAUUCUGUGCAGUUCAAUAUUUUCAGUUGCCUUCAAUUUAAGGAAUACCUUCAUUCAUGAUCUAACUUGGUAAACACAAGCAGUGUACGUUUCUCAUUGAAGGUGGAAAACUUGAACCAAGUUUCUUCCUAAUCCACAAGAUGGUCUUCUACUACAUCUACACUUCAUCCCAAGACUAACGCCAGCAUGCUCAGUGAACAACUCGAUCUAGGAUUGACGAAUAGAACAAAGAGAGCAGCUGUGUUUCCUGUCCCUUAGUUUGACAUUCUAGCGACAGAACUUUUUAGACCUUAUUAGACAUGGAGGGAGAGAACACGUCAUUAGUGCUCAACUCUUCAUACUUAAAUAGUACAAAAGAGCAACUCUUUUUUUUGCAAAAUAAUUACAGUCAAAACGUUACGUCCUUACAAUCCGUCCUUGAUGUCAAUAAAGCCACUUUGAUUGCUGAAACAUUGGAUUCUUUGCUCUCUAAUCUAACCACAUCUUUUCGACAAUAUCGUGAAACAUAUUUCAAAAAUAAGUCCAUGUCAUUUGAAGAUUUUUUUUACUUCACAUUUCCUGCUUUAUUCAAUGGAACAUCUGUGACAAGCUCUUCCAACCACAAUUUGACGGAUCCUUUGACAUCAGCAGGGAAUUUAAUGGUCACAACUUUUGAAAACUAUACUAAUGCAAUGACAAAAAAUGUAACAGGCUAUAAACUAGGUGUAGAUAGAACGACGAUAGAAAUUCUUCUGAUUUCUCUUGUAGUUAGUCUGUUGUCAUUCCUUACAGCGGGUGGCAAUUUGUUAGUUAUUGUAGCUUUCAAACUGGACAAACAGCUCCAAACAGUUAGCAACUAUUUUUUACUAAGCUUAGCUGUAGCUGACCUGACCAUUGGCAUUGUAUCAAUGCCUCUUUAUACAGUUUAUUUAAUGAUGGGUUACUGGCCACUUAAAGCACUAAUGUGUGAUAUCUGGCUGGCUCUUGAUUAUACAAUGAGCAAUGCAUCUGUUGCUAAUUUAAUUAUUAUUAGCUUCGAUAGAUAUCUAAGUGUCACACGACCUUUAACAUAUCGAGCGAAACGCACUCCACGAAGAGCUGCAUCUAUGAUCGGUUGUGCAUGGAUUAUCUCCUCUCUUAUCUGGACUCCAUGGAUAUUUGCUUGGCCGUACAUUGAAGGGAGAAGAACUGUUCCAGAAAACGAAUGUUUUAUUCAAUUUUUAAAAACAAACCAAUAUAUUACUGUUAUAACGGCGAUGUUUGCGUUUUACAUUCCGGUAAUGAUUAUGUCAGUAUUAUAUUUUAGAAUAUAUAUGGAAACUCAAAAGCGUCAAAAAGAUCUUCCCAAGCUUCAAGGUAUUCAUAAAUCUAAAAGAAUCAAAGAUCCGAACCAACGACAACAUCACUCUAGUAAGAAGUCUAUGGCGUCUAGUGACGAGGAAGGUUACUCUAGUACAAGUGAUAAAGGAAUCAAUUUUGUCAACCAAAACAGCGAACUGAGCUCAACUAAGAGCAAACUGUUAGGAUGUUUAAAAAUUGACCGAGAUUCGGACUAUAUGGAGGAUUCUAGCUCAAGUGAAUCUCCUACAUCGCCUCACACACCAAAUAUUCAUACUAAGUGCACAUUACCCAUUUUAUAUACAAGUCAUUCUAACGGAGAAAAAAUAUUACCUCGACAGGAUUCAGAAAAUUCUUCAACAAGUCUUCAAUAUCCUAUUUCAAAGCAUCAGAGGUCUGUUCGGAUUAACUUCAGUACGUCACUAAUACCCCUUUUGCCGGUAGAAACAUCAAGUGCUCCGAUAUCGAUGUAUAGGGAAAUAAGCUUAGAAACCAUGUCUUCCACGCCAGAACAGACUAACAGUUUUUUAACAGAAAAUGUCUCAUGUCCAUAUCCUUUGACAACAUCAUUUUCUGAAUUAGGAGAUCAAAUUUCCUCUAAAGAAAAUUUUUUAGCGUCUGAUAGACAUCAGUGCCGUGAAUACAAAGAAAGUGAUUCAGAAGAUGAAGAUGACGAAGACAGUGCUAUUUUUAGAGUUUUAAUAAACCUACCGGACAAUAAAAGUUUAUCAAAACCUACUAUAAGAAUGGAGCCAGAUACGGAUUUUGAACAUUUGAAUGACAUCAAUCCAGCUCGCGUGCACAAAAUGGAAAGUGACACUGAAGAAGACGACGAAAUAAUUUCAAGAAGAAUUGCGGAAAGAACCACAUUACCUCCCCCUCCUCGACCUCGAACAGGAACCCCAGCACUAGCUCGGCGAGCUCAGAGCAACGAUUCUAAUAAAAUAGCCAUGCAAGCCAAGAUUGCUGCCAAAGCAGCUACCCGAGUCCACAAAGCCAGACAAACAGCAAUGUCUAAACUUCAGUCUCGUCGACAAGAAAGAAGACAAGACCAAAAGGCCGCAAAAACAUUGACUGCAAUCCUACUAGCAUUUAUUGUGACAUGGACACCAUACAAUAUCUUUACUGUUGUCCAGGUAUUCUGUGAUAAUUGUGUCAAUGAAACUUUGUACGCAAUAGGUUAUUGGCUGUGUUACAUCAACAGCACUAUCAACCCAUUGUGUUAUGCUCUUUGCAAUGUCAACUUUAGGAGAACUUUUUGGAGAAUAUUGACAUGUAAAUGCAAAAAGUCAAGAGUCUCUCUACGAAGCCAGGUUACACCAGCAAAUAAUUAUAACUAAUAAGAUCAGUAAAACAUAUUUUUAUAUC